CCCUGCGGGACCUGCUGUCCAGCAACAUCCCCUCGGUGGUAAAGAAGUCCUCGCAGGCGCUCAUGGCGUUAAGCAUCGACGUUGAGGCCAAGGUGCCCAUAAUGGAAAAGUGUGGGCCCAAACUUCUGGAGCUCCUCAAGAACUCAGACAUGGACGUGGCCGAAAACGCCCGAGCAGCAAUCCUCAACGCGGCCGAGGACCCCGCCGGGAGUGAAAUCGUGAUUGCCGCCCUGUCCGAGACGGAAAGGGAAUUCUUCUUGGGCCCCCUCAAUGCCUUCGCCAAGUGA